AGCUUCCUGGUUCACUUAUUCCCGCGGCCUCGUGCGCCCUCUUCUCUUUCCGUCUUUGAAACGAAAUGUAUAAUCCAGGCAGCGAGAGAGAAGAAGACGCCUCACGAAGCUCUCCGGUGCCCAUGCGGACAUAUUUCAUCGGAAAGCACAAAGCAACAAAGCGCGAGAAGUAGCAGCCUCGAUCUGAUCUGUUGUUAGCAGACAACAAUGGAUUUCUCGGUAAAAAGAUCGAGUUCUUUAUCAUUGGGCGAGCGUAUCUGCGUGGCAUUUAUACCGUUUAUAGCAAUCAUAGAGGUGUUGGUUUUUGCUGUGACCGAUUGCUUCAGCUACCGUCCGCGCGAAACCAAAUGCCGUUUCGCUUUGGGCGAUAUGUCUGUCCUCGCCAAUGAAACUAGAUUUACUGUUAAUGAGCUGGAGGCAUUGUAUGAGCUGUUUAAGAAGCUGAGUAGUUCAAUUAUCGACGACGGAUCGAUUCAUAAGGAAGAGCUUCAAUUAGCACUAUUCAGAACUCCCUAUGGUGAAAAUCUUUUCCUGGACAGGGUUUUUGAUCUCUUUGAUGAAAAGAAAAAUGGUGUCAUUGAAUUUGAUGAGUUUGUUCAUGCACUCAAUGUCUUCCAUCCAUAUGCCCCUAUAGAUGAUAAAAUUGAUUUUGCAUUUAGGCUCUAUGAUCUGAGACAAACUGGGUUCAUUGAGCGAGAAGAAGUUAAGCAAAUGGUGAUUGCCAUAAUGAUGGAAUCUGACUUGAAAUUGUCAGAUGAUCUUCUUGAGUCUAUCAUUGAAAAGACAUUUGCCGACGCUGAUGCUGACAAAGAUGGUAAAAUUAGCAAAGAAGACUGGAAGGCUUUUGUGUUUCGACAUCCAACCCUUUUGAAAAACAUGACUCUUCCUUAUUUGAAGGACAUCACCAUGGUAUUUCCAAGUUUCAUUUUUCGCACCGAAGUUGAAGAAGACUGAGAAUUUGAAGUCUUUUCCUACUGAGGAUCUUUAAAAGAACUUAACUCUGAAGCAUCAGCAUCUCACACGCAGAGCUACUUCGAUUCAGGACAAUUUUGAAAUGGUUUUGUGGCAGAUCACAAGUAGCAUUGCCGGGAAUGGGAGACAUCCGAGUGUCGGCACGCUGGGAUGGCCGCAUCACAAGAUUAUCCAUUUGGAUUGAACAUUUAAAGCGCUACGAGCGCAGCUAUCUCCAUCAAUUCAAAGCCUUUGUACAGUGAGAGAGUAGUAUUUUUGUAGUGAAUUUGAACGUACUAGUGUUUGUAAAAAUUUACGGUGCUUCUUGUUAAUAGAUUUAUUACUAAAUUCUGUAAAAGAUCAUUAACUUUUGUUUAACUAAGCAACAGGGCAGAGCAAUGUAAGGACGCCAUGAGGUUUGGGGCC